AUGGAGAAGGACAAAAUGCCUAUUCAAGAAGCCAUCGCGUCUCUCAUGGGGCAGCGCAGCUCGCUGCUGCCAGCAGACUACGUUGACAGCACCCCUGCAGGGCAACAGCUGCAGCAGCAGCUGCAACAGCAGCUGCAACAGCAGCUACAACAGCAGCUGCAACAGCAACUGCAGCAGCAACAACUGCAGCUGCAGCAACAGCAACACAUGCAACACCAGCAACAGCUUGCGACAGUCAAGGAUGCACUCACCUCCAUAAGGGAGAGGCUGCUGCUCUCCCAGGCGAGACAGAGGCAGCAGCAGCAGCAACAGCAGCAGCAGCAACAGCAGCCGCAGCAGCAGCAACGGCAACAGCAACAUCUCCAGCAGCAGCAGCUGACGGAGCGAGGCAACCACCAGGAACAACAACGACACAAUAGCCGACAGCAGCAGCAGCAGCAGCGCCAACUUGAACAGCAGCAGCAGCAGCAGCAGCAGCAGCAGUUCAUGAUGCUGCAGCAGCGGCUGCAGGAGCGCACGACUCCUUUUCAAGCUGUUGCUAUUAAUGCUAAGGAAUUGGAGAGGGUGCAGCAGCAGCAGCAGCUCGUCCUUUCCCUUCUGCACAGGAGGCUGCAGCUGGAGGCGCAGCAGCAGCAGCAGCAGCAGCAGCAGCAACAGCAACAGCUGCUGCAGGGUGCCAAUGUGCCACCGAACUUUACAAGUGCAGCAUUCCCGAACAGCAGCAGCAGCGGCCGCUUCCGCAGCAGCAGCAGCAGCGCAUCACUGAACAGCGUAGGAGCAGCACGUCACAACAGCAGCAACAGCAGCAGCAGCUCGCCGAGGGGAGAUGGGACGAGCUCUGCAGCAGCAGCAGCAGCGUCUGCUGCAGCAGCACCUGCUGCUGCUACUGCUGCUCCUGGGGACGCAGGACAGAUGCAGCUGUUGCAGAGCGGAGACUACACAACGCUGCAGCUAUUAAAGGCAGCAAAACAAAAACCAAAGUGUACAGACACCGCAAUGCAUUAA